AUGAACUUUCUUAUUGAAGAAAUCCAUAACAUCCAACGUGUAUUAGGGAAUGAGGAGACUCUACAACUUACUCCCCCAACAGUUAUGCUUUUGAAUGGUCUUUCACACCCCGAAUUUACUUGUUUAUUUGAUAUCAAGCGUAGUCUUGACAAUAUGAAGAAAUUAAUUAUUGAUCAAGGUAUUGACCAAAACUCUGGUGAUAACGUUCAGAAUAGUGAUGUUCUCUUAUUGGAGUUCUGUCAAUACUGUGAAUUGAAUUCCUUAGUUGUCAAGAGUUUAGGUGGUAACAUAGACUUGACACAACCAUACCUUUCAGACUAUUUGACCGACUUGGAAGUCAAUAACACUGUCGUCCAAAGCAUUUCAUUAAUGAUGAACAUCCCUACCAAUUCAUGGAAACGAUUAGAAGUUCUGAAAAUAACUGGCUGUGGUAUUUCAGAGUUGGAAAACAUCUUUAAUAGUGUUGUCUUCCCUAACCUUCAACGGGUCGAUGUUUCUCGAAAUCGCAUCUCUAAACUCUCUGGACUCGAUGAACGACCACUCGACGCUUUUACUGCCGAUUUCAAUAGAAUUGAAUCAGUGUAUUUCAACCCAGAUAACAUUCCCUUCUUGUCUUAUUUGUCCCUUAAUAACAACAAAUUGAGUGAUAUCAAUUCUUUAGCUCCUUGUAAGAACCUUAGUGUAUUAGGAUUGAUGAAUAAUAAUAUCUCAAGUACUGCGAGUUUAAGUUCAAUGUUAGGAAGCUUAAUUGUAUUAAAUUCACUCUUCUUAACAGGGAAUCCGAUUUGUUCGAUUCAAAAUUACCGAUUUAAUGUUAUUAAAUACCUCAACAAAUCGUUGUUUGAACCAGUCACUGGGAUAGAUGAGAACGGUGUGACAAGAACGUACGACGCAGAUGUCGAUUUCGCUUUGGACGGUAUUCCACUGACACAAAAAGACAUUGUAUUAAUCCGCGAUUCAAAGUCAUUCCCAGAGUCUUCAUAUCGACGGAUGAAAAAAGACGACGACGAUUUACUGACACAAAACACGUCGCUCUCGAUGGUCGAUGAAAGACUUGGACUCUAUUAUCAAAACACAUCUAUCGCUCAAACAGCUUCAUUCGACGAAUCAACAGGUCUCAAUCUCCUUGACAAGUUGAUUGCUCUUGACGUCAAAAGGGCCGAAAAUGAUGACAGCCCAUUCCUUUCUGUCUCUUUUGACGGAAAGCUUAAGGCGUUUGACACGUCAGACGAGACUUUUGAGAUGUCAAAAAGCGGAGAUGUGAGAAGUGAGAUGGAAAAGCAAACGGAGAGAAUGGAAACCAUCGAGUAUGGAAAAAGUAUAGUAAAUAUAGUUUCUCAUCGGACGAAUCACGAUUCGCGAGAUGUCAAUAAUGCGGAACGGGUGUUGAGAAAAAUCAAAGGGAUUUUGAGGCUUGAUGAUGCUGCGAGUGCUGAGGUUCGAAAGGCCGUUAAUCAGAUUGAGAUGCAACCGAAUGGAGCAUUGCCUGGCGAUAGGCAAGAUUUGGACUCAUAUUCUCAGAUAAUCAGUAACGAACAAGCACUUAAAGGAACUCUUUUUGAGGAAUUUGAGAAGUUGAUUACCAAGUUUAACAACAACAAUAGAACAGUCGAGGUAGUUAUCCCGAAACAUCGAAGUGACGAGAAUUUCACAUUAGAAAUCAUCUUACCGUUCGAGGUGCCUUACAUCUUCGAUUUAAUACAAUCGCUUGUGUUGGACAAAGACGAGUAUGCCAAAGGUAUUGUCCUCGACUUCGACAAGAUCAAGAGCUUUGGCAAUAAGUACUUCGAACAGGUUGAACGAAAUAAAAGCACGUUUGGAGAGUCGGAACUGGGAGAGAUCACUUCUAAAAUCAACAAAAGGAUAUUCAACUGUAUCAUCCAAGGUGAGAAUGAUGUUAUUGAGAACAACGACCCGGUUCUCACAGACUGUGAGGACUUAGAGAAGAGGUUCUAA